AUGCCCGCACCCGCCCCUGCCCCACCCACCGCAGCCAACGCGCCCGACGAGGAGGCCACCAGCGGGUGCACCGCCACCACCCUGCUGGUGCGCAAGGAUCUGGUGGUGGUGGCCAAUGUGGGCGACAGCCGCGCCGUGCUGUGCCGCGGCGGCCGCGCGGUAGACCUCUCCACCGAGCACCGCGUGUGGGGCAAGACGCCCGGCGUGAUGGCCGAGAUCGAGCGCAUCGAGUCGGUGGGCGGCUGGGUGGACGACGGCCGCGUGUGCGGCGUGCUGGCGGUCAGCAGGGGGUGCCCACCCAACCAGUGCAGGCACUUCACGGGCAACCCGGUGACGGCGCAGCCCGACGUGACCGAGCUGGCGCUGCACGACAGCGAUGAGUUUGUGGUGGUGGCCAGCGAUGGGCUGUGGGAUGUGAUGGACAGCCAGGAGGUGGUGAAGCUGGCGCGGCGCGACCUGCAGCGGGGGCUGGAGCCGCAGGAGGUGGCCUCCAAGCUGACCACGCUGGCGGUGAAGCGGGGGAGCCAGGACAACAUCGGAGUGGUGCUGAUCGACCUUGGGAAGGUGGAGUGGGGCAAGGAUGCCGGCGGCGGCGGCCUGUUUGGCAGCCUGUUUGGCAGCCGGUAGGCAGCAGAGCGGGCGAGGGUGCACGAGCGAUGAAGAGAAGUGUGUGAUGGCGAGCGUAGCCAGCUCGGGCGCAGCGCUGCUCUGGCUCAGCGCUCCGCCCCUUCACUAGAGCGUGCGACACACCACGACCGCGCCCCCGAGCCGAGCCCACACGAAUUGUUUCCCCCAUACUUGUUGCUAAAUGCUGAAUGCAUUGGAGUUUUGGCCCUGCUGCUUGACAUGGCGCGGGGCGUCGCGGCACGACACUGUACACUCUCCGCCGGGAGAGCGUCCCUGACGCUGCAUGUAUGCUGAUUACUAAACUAUUAAUUUGGGGCCUUAGGCAGGAUGACAUGCCCGGCCCACUCUUCUUCUUGCACCCUGCAAUAUAUUGACCACUUC